AUUUUUUAUCUUUUUAUUUUUUUAUUUUUUUCCACCUCCAUUCAUUAUGCCACAUUUUUUGUAUAUGUUUUUAUCCCCAAUUGCCUUUGUUUCCAUAUGCCUUCCAUCAUAUUUUGCCUCGUCCUCUAUACCACCCAACGCUGUAACCGUCGGCUCUACUGCUUCUGCUGCUUCUGCUUCUGCUGUUUCGGAACCACGUGACUGCUCUGCUGAAAUUUUUCUGUAAACAACUUCUGGAGAGAAACACUUCACCAGCAGCUGUGUUGCCAUUGUCCAGAUAGUCUGCUCUUGUUGCAAAUUCGCAUACCAAGAUGACCAACAUAUCUCUAUCUGCUGCCAACAAUGGCUCGAGGCUUCUUCAGGAGCUACUUGAGUCCUCCAAGAACUUGCCCACCCAGUCCUCUGAGUUUGAUUCGAUCCAGUUAGGAGUUAAUGAAAUCAAGAAGAGAGCACACAACUUGAGAAGAAACAAAGACAAAAAUCCCAACUACACCAAGGCUCACUAUUUGUUAGCUGGAAGUGGAGCCUCUAUCGAUUACAUUGAGUCUGAGCUAAAAUCAAUCGAAAGCCAACUACCUCAAUACCUCGAUUCUUCAAACCUUCCUGUUAUCUCCAAUGACUUUGAUGCUUAUUUAGACUCUAAGAAGGACGAGUGCAUUUUGGCCGCUAUUGAACGUUCAUUGGCCUUGGCUGCCAAAGAUUACGAUAACUAUGUUAACCAGAAUAUUUCAAUUGACUGGAAAUCCAAAAGAGACGAUGUCAUCAAAUCCUUUGGAAUUUCAUUACCAAAUAAUAAUAAUACUAAUAGUAAUAGUAAUACUACCGGUACCAACAUCCUUAAUGAGGUUGAUGAAAAUGCAAACGCUAAUACAAACGACGAUGCCAAUGAUACCAAUUCACUUCAGUAUAAGAAAUUGAAAAAAGGUGAUUCUUCAUCUCUAUGGAAAAAGAAAUCCAAUCAUUUGAACAAUGUUUUGUCAACAGCCGACUUUCAAGACUUGACUCCAUUGAACCCAAAACUAAUCAACGUUAACGAUUUUUCAUCGCGAGAUAAAUUUGAAAAAAAUGCAUUGUAUAUUUAUCAGUUUAACAAUUUCAGACAGUCAAACAAAAACUACCCAUUGGCCAACUGUUUUAUGGAUAUUACAAGCGCUGCAACAGAUGCAAAAUCAAAACAAAUUAAUGAGGUUUGGAAGAUUUUGAAUAAUUUCAUUAAAGUAAAUAAUAUCACUGACAACAUCAACCUUUCUAACGACAACAAUUACAUCAACAAUACAAUAUCGUUUAGAAAAAAACUUUUGCUCUCAAGUAAAAAAUACCUAGAAUCUCAAUUUUUUGAUCAUGUCAAUAACAUUUUCAACAAAAACCUUCAAAUAAAUAGCAACGAAAACGGUUUACCAACAAAUAUAAACAAAAUUAAAUCAUUUUUAAAUUCUCAGCAUAUCAAGAAAAACCUCAAGAAUAUUAACAUAACCUUGAUAAAUGACGUUCCAAUUUGGCCACUAAUCUUUUAUCUUCUAAGAGCAGGCUGCUACACAGACGCUUUAGAAGUCUUGGAAUCAAAUAAAUCUGUUUUUAAAAAAAUCGAUCAAAACUUCUUGACAUACUUUAGAAAAUUUGUUUCGCUAAACAAUGAAAAUAAGAAAUUAUCAAAAGAUUUGGAGAAUAAAAUUCAAAUUGAGUUUAACCAAUUUAUUAGAAACUCAAUUGAUGUUGAUCCUUAUAAAUAUGCCGUUUACAAAAUAAUCGGCAGAUGUGAUCUCACAAAGAAAAAUAUUCCAAGAAUCACUAUUGGAAUCGAGGACUGGUUGUGGCUCCAUCUCACCUAUAUUAAUGAAGAUAAUAAUGAUUUAGUCAAUGAUCCAGUUUAUCAGAGAUACACCUUGGCAGAUUUGCAAAAAACUAUCAUUCAAUCAGGUGCUGGUCACUUUAACACUGUCAAUAAUCCAUUGUAUUUGCAGACAUUAGUUUUAACGGGUUUAUAUGAGCUUGCUGUUCAACAAGCUUAUACCAUAAAUGAAAUUGACGCUGUGCACUUGGCCAUUGGAUUUGCCUACUAUGCAUUGUUGAGAUUCUCUUCUAAUCAGGGAAGUAGCAAUCUAUUGAUAACCAAAAAUUCUCAAAAACAAACAGAAAUAAACUUUUCUAGAUUGUUGGGUUACUAUACUAGAUCAUUUCGAUUUUCGGAGACAAGGGCUAGUGUUGAGUAUCUUUUAUUAAUUUGUCUACGUAAGGACAAACAUCAAAUCGAAAUUGCUCAUGAAGCUUUGCGCGAGCUAGUUCUAGAAACUCGUGAAUUUAGUAUGCUCUUGGGUGAUAUCAAUUCCGAUGGAACAGCAUUACCAGGAAGAAUCGAAGAAAGAAAAGAAUUGUUGUACCUUCAAAACGAAAAGGAAUAUCUUGAUAAAAUUGCAGAGAAAGCGGCUAUUAAAGCUGAUGAGGAAGGAAGAAUCUAUGACAGUUUGUUACUAUAUCAGUUGUCCGAAAAGCACGAUACUGUAAUAAGCAUUGUCAAUAAAUUAUUGGCAGAUUUGCUAAGUAACAUCGAUAUCUACACUUCAUUAAAUGAUCAAGCACUAAAAGAAAAUGGCGAGGCACAGCCAAUUGAUAUUGCUAGGAACUUGAGCGAAAUUUAUAAAUUAAGUCCUGAGAAGAUAAGCACCAAAAACAGAAAUAUUCUAGAUAUGUUACUAGGCAUUUUAGACAUUCGUCAAAACUUUAUUGAAAACAAAUGGAAAUUAUGUUUGAAAUUAAUUGAGGACUUGAAUAUUUUCCCAUUAAAUUGUUCAAAUAACAAUGAUUUAAACUAUGCUAGAAAGAAGGCUCAAGAAUUCAAUGAAUUAGAUGAAAACAUAGCCAAAAAUAUUUCAAACUUGUUAUUGAUUACUAUGACAUGUGUUUCAGAAUUCAUUUAUCAAUUAUCCAAUAGUUCAUAUAUUGAUCCUGCAAAGGAAGCCAAGUUGUUUGAAUUAAAUGAAAUGUCAAAGAAUUGUAUGAUCUAUGCUGGUAUGGUUCAAUAUAAAAUGCCUAGGGAAACUUAUAGCAAACUUAUCAGCUUGGAGUCAAUAAAUAUGUGAUUUCGGAUGGAUAGACUUUGUAUCGAUAGACUUUGUAUCGAUUGUUGGUUCAGUUGGCUGUGUCAUAUUAUUCCAAAGCGUUGGCGUACGGGAAAAUUAUGAAGAAAUAUAUAAAUAAUUGAAUAGUUUAGCAAUCUGAUUUGUUUGAAAUGUAGAAGAUUGGAAGUAAAAUUGUAUUUUUCCAUCGGAAAAAAAGCGUAGCAAUGGAAAUAUACCGAAACCAUUUGGUUUAAGCUAGAGUUUGGUCAAGCUUCCAUAUAGAAAUAUUUUCAA